GAGCUGUCUAUUCUCUCUACCAGUUGGUGUCGUUAUAUCACUAAGAUAAAGCAGAUUUUAUCACCAUACACUUGACGGAUUAGAAGAUUCCGCAACGUCCUACCAAUAUGGCCCUACAUUCUGGCAGCAAAGAGAAGAAAGCAGCUGCUGAAUCUGGGACGCAUUGGCAUGGAUGUAAGGAACCUAUUCAACUACACAAAGGGCUGGAUCUGGAGUGAGAUAGGAAGUCGAUCCAUAGAAGAAGGGAAGCGGUUGGUACAUGUGAACGGAGAACUAGAAUCAGCUCAUGAACAAGGUUCAUCGAGGAAAUAUCUAUCACCGGGGAGAAUUGUAGGGUCAAACCUGUGCUUCACAGUUACACAUGGUAUGAGGGAGUGUGAAUACGUUCGGAUGACCCUUCCGCUACAGUUCCAACAGCAAGGUUGACCGAAGACGAAGACACUUGCUUGGUUUCAAGCUAGUCAUAGACAUCGGACAACGAGAAAUUGUGAUGGAGUAUACGAAAUCGCGGAGUCGGAUACGUGCUUGCCAAAAUCGUCACGCGCGAUCUUCUUCACAAUCAUGCUGCUAAGCCGUUACUUUUCUGCGGCGCGUGAGUUUUGAGAAAUGAAUUACUAUUGUGAUAUUCGCAAGCCUUAGCCGUCUUUAAGAUAGCUGUAGCAUAGAAACCAUUUAUCAUCGAACGGAAAGUGCAGCCCAGCGAAGGCUUGCACUUCAAAUCAGUUGUCUAAGGCAUUUUAUGACUGCAAUUAGCUUUCCUGCUGAUGUUUACGCCUCGAUGUUUUGCACAAUGGCCCAAAUGAUUUCAGCAGUUUCAGAUUUCCGUUUUCUAGCGAUAGGGUGGAGAAGGAUACACAAAAUAACUAUGCCUGUAAAGAAUUUGGAGAAAGAACUUGUCCAGG